UUGAUGACGCACUCAGGCUGCGACAGUUAAACUCCUGCUAACUUUUGCUGUGUAAUCCGAACAGGAGAAGCUCCAGUACGGCUACAUCUUCUCUGUUUUCCUCUAAUAAUCCACAUUUCGCCCGUUGGACAUCAUGGAAUAUUUAAUCGGGAUUCAGGGACCGGAUUAUGUGCUCGUCGCUGCUGAUAAUGUUGCUGCUAGCAGCAUUAUUCAGAUGAAACACGACUACGACAAGAUGUUCAAGCUGAGUGAGAAGAUCCUGCUGCUGUGCGUGGGCGAGGCUGGAGACACGGUCCAGUUUGCCGAGUACAUCCAGAAAAACGUCCAGCUCUACAAGAUGAGGAACGGUUAUGAACUGAGUCCGUCAGCAGCAGCAAACUUCACCCGGAAGAACCUGGCAGACUAUCUACGGAGCCGGACUCCGUACCACGUCAACCUGCUGCUGGCCGGACACGACGAGUCCGACGGGCCGGGCCUCUUCUACAUGGACUACAUGGCUUCACUGGCCAAGGCGCCGUUCGCUGCCCACGGAUACGGAGCGUUCCUGACCCUGUCCAUCCUGGACCGGUACUACAGACCAGACCUGAGCCGGGACGAGGCCGUGGAGCUGCUGAAGAAAUGCGUUGAAGAGCUGAACAAACGCUUCAUCCUCAACCUUCCCUCCUUCAACGUCCGUCUGAUCGAUAGAGAUGGAAUCCACGACAUGGAGAAGAUCACGCUGACCGCCAAGUGACCCACCCAGAACCCAGAUCCAGUUUUAUACCGAUGACCUUUUGUUCUGUUUCUGUUCCAAUAAAAACCCCAGACACACCA